AUGUCGCGGCCAAUCAGUGCGGCUGGGAGUUGCGAUUGCGUGAUUCUGGGGUGGCACUACUCGGCCGAGAUUGCGGCAUUGAUCUCCAUCAAUCGCACCGUUCCUGACGGCGCGAUUAGUGAAGCUGUACUCCCACAAGGCUGUCUCAAAGGGCUGGAGGCCGACUGCGAGGUGGGCAAACUCGUAGCACCAGAGUGCAACUCUGCACAACGGGAAGAGGCUGUGGCAAACACCCUCCUCCUGACCUUCAGCUUCUCUAGCGCCUUCAAAGAGUGGCUGAUCGCGGUGGCAGAAGCGUGCGGCGCCCACUGGGUGACGGCCGACUCGGUCCGUGCAGUGAUGUCCACACCGCGGCGGCCGCCUGUGAUGUGGGACCAGGCGGCCACCGCGCUCAUGCUCCUCCUGUCCGGGGGGGUCAUCGGCCUCCCUAACACAGCGCACGAGAUCUUCUACGCACAGGAAAUUGGCGGCGCACAGUGGGCGGGGCUCGAUGUCGCCGACUAUGUGGAGCUCGGCUUCACGUGGGGGCAAGGCUACAGCGCCAAAGGGGCGUACAAGGGCUACCUUGAACAAUUCAGCGAGCCCGGCGUCUACGACCCGCACGCCAUGUUCCCACUCUCAACGGGCCCCACCAUCGUCUACCCGCAGUACUUUGUCUACCUCGCCUGGACGGACCGACGCAUCUUCUCGCGUUGCGACGGGUUCAUCUCCGACGGAUCAGACUCGACAGAUCCUUGCUCGCUGUACUGGCAGCCAGAUAUUGUGCUGCCCGACGCCCUGCUCGGCGACGAGGAGCCGCAGAUCAUCGAGGAUCUCGGGCUUUUUACUCACGUUGGGCUGGAACAGGGACCGGAUCCCACUAUCGCCAUACCAAACCACAACCGGAGCAUCGCCUACCGGCAAUACCGCGAGCGGGCAAAGUUCCUCGUCGUGCUCGACCAGGCGGACAUCCCGUUUGACGACCACACCCUCAAUUUCACCUUCAAAUUGCCUUCGGGCGUCACCGCGGACGAGGCGUGCUUCGCCACUGGCCCACCCGACGGCGACGGCCGCGACGCCACGAUCGUCGAGCUAUCGAGCAUGCAGCUCGGCGGCGGCUGGAAGCAGGGCGACAAGCCAGACCUCUGGAGCGGCGAUGCGUCGCAGGUGCGCCGCUCUCCGCGUCCGGCGCACCCGGUGUGGGACAUCAUGGACUUCACCGCGCACGUAGUACAGCGCUCUCGCGACCCGAUUGUCGAGCUCGAGUCGACCGAGUGGUCGUACGAGAAGAACCCCGCGUAUCGGAUGCGAGAGUUGAUCGAGGGCCCGUGGCUGCGCGCCCACCUUGAGAGCGGGGCGCACUCGGUUUGCGAGGUGACGUUCUCGCUCACCAUCAAACGGCGCAACACGUACCACAUCCUCAACUACAUUGUCACGCAGUCGCUGCUCGUGGUGCUCGGCUGGUGUACGUUUGGCAUCGCCCCGUCCAACGUUGACUCACGCCUUGCAAUCACCCUCACCCUCCUCCUGGCCAUCAAUGUCUUCCAGAUCGUGCUCGUAGAGAACCUCCCGGAGAUGGGCAAUCUCUCUCGGCUGCAGUGGUUCACGGUGACCAACACCCUCAUCCUCGCCCUCAUGGCGAUGGAGUCCAUCAUCGUCUGUCAGUGUUGGAAGCACGAGAAGCGGCGGCAGGAGCUCGAGGCGCGCAUCAAAGAGCUGACCAACAACCAGCUCGCUGUGCUCGCCAUCAUGCGGCUGCAGCGAGCCUGGAGGCGCAAGAAGCAGCUGGACACGUGGCGGCGGAGGGCAGCGGCGGCGGCGAGCGCCCACCAGUUGCCACGCAAGGGCAGGCUGAGCCCGCAGGGCAUGGUGAUCAGGACGAGCAACCCACCGGGCCCAUCCGCCGUGGCGCCGACUCAGCAGGUCGCGGCUCGAUGA